AUGUCACAAAAAAACUUAUAAGCUGAAAAGAUUAAAGAAUAGCACGUUAACGAAGAUAAGGAGGUUAAAAAAAGCAAAAGCAAAAAAUUAGGCUACAUAAAUUAAGCUGUAGCUACAAUAUGUACUGCUAUUGUUUUAAUUUGCUUUUAUUAGUUCUGCAAUUACCAAGAGAACCAAGUGAAGCUCUAUGAAACAAAAUUAGAUUUAAUAAAAAGAUUUGAUAACGAAAGCAAGUAGUAUAUUGUUCUUAAGAUAGGAUAUAUGCUAGCAACUUUUAUAUUAAUUCUAACUUUUUCAGUUAUGGUCAUCAGAAUUGCAACUGGAAGAUCAAAUCCAAUCUCCUUCUAAGAUCCUAAAAUUAUCAUUACUUUAAACAGAAUAAUUUAAAAUAGUUUAGAAUAAGGAUUCAUUUUCAUGCUGAAUUACGCCUUUUUUAUCUACUUUAACUGUGAUUAAAUAAAAGCAUUAAAAUCGUUUGUAUUAGGUUGUCUAUUUAUCAAAGCUAGAUAUAUUUUCUUAUUUUCUUAUGUAAUUGGAGCAUUCACAGGUGUGACAUCUUUUAGAGCUAUUGGAUUCACAUUAAACGUAAUUAUAUAAGUAGCUUUUGCUCUUGAAAACUUUGGAAUACCAGUUUUAAAUAUUUACAUUUGA